UUUUUAAAUUUGGGUUUUAGUGUUAGAAAAUUCGAAUAUUUCAAUAAUGGCUUUUAGCUGUUUUGGUUCAUUUCUACCGUGCAAGGACGACAGAGGAACUCAAGUACAAGGAUUAGAGCUUGCAACCAACAAUGUGAGGCUAUUUACUUUUAACUCGUUGAGAUCAGCAACGGCGAAUUUCCAUCCAUCAAACAAAAUAGGAGGAGGUGGUUUUGGAGUUGUGUAUAAGGGGGUUUUGAGGGAUGGAAAGUCUGUAGCUAUCAAAUGUCUUUCUGCUGAAUCAAAACAAGGGACCAGUGAAUUGUUGACAGAGAUUAAUAUCAUUUCAAAUACGCGACAUCCAAAUCUUGUUCAGUUGAUUGGUUGUUGUGUCGAGGCUGGCAAUAGAAUAUUGGUGUACGAAUACUUGGAGAAUAACAGCCUUGCCAGUGCUUUACUUGGUUCUAAAGGGAAACAUGUUCCAUUAAAUUGGCCUAAGAGAGCUGCCAUAUGUUUGGGUACAGCAUCUGGUCUAGCGUUUCUUCACGAGGAUGCAGAACCACCAAUAGUUCAUCGAGAUAUUAAGGCUAGUAAUGUCCUUAUUGAUGAAAAUCUCCAUCCUAAAAUUGGAGAUUUUGGACUCGCGAAGCUUUUCCCUGAUAAUAUCACUCAUGUUAGUACUCGAGUGGCUGGAACAAUAGGAUAUCUUGCUCCCGAGUAUGCCUUGUUAGGACAGCUCACGAAAAAGGCUGAUGUCUAUAGUUUCGGAGUUCUUGUUCUCGAAAUUGUAAGUGGCAGAAGCAGUAGCAAUGAAGCAUUUGGAGAAGAUCUCUUGGUACUAGUAGAAUGGGCAUGGAAACUUAGAGAAGAAGGGAGGCUUCUAGAUCUUGUUGAUCCAGAGCUUACUGAGUAUCCAAAAGCCGAAGUGCUUCGCUUCAUCAAAGUUGCUCUCUUUUGUAUUCAAUCUGCUUAUAACCAAAGACCUAACAUGAAACAAGUGAUUCAAAUGUUGUCUAAAGAGGUCAAGCUAAAUGAGAAGUUGUUAACUGAGCCAGGAGUCUAUAGACCACAUAGCUCCAAACAAUCGAGCUAUGGUAGCGGCUCCCUGACCUCGUCCUCCCAGGGAAAGAAAAAAGGCAUAAAAUCCACAGACCAUUUUGCAACAACGGAGUUCCAGAGUUUUCAUAGUGUAUCCGAGAUGAUACCAAGAUAAGCGCAACGAUGUGCUAUCCCAUUGUAAUGUUUCUAGGUUCUCAUAUUCUUUAGUAUUUGUAAAUUUCUCCUCAGCUAACCUGGGAAAUGCAAGGAAUGCAUGUAUUGGCCCUCAUUAGACCUUAGAGUAGCCACUUAUUAAGUUUCUCAUGUAAAAUAGAGCUACGAGUAGCUUGGAAGGAAGGAUAUUAGUAGUUCGAUUUUUACUACCGAGAGUACUUCCAACUAGAUACAUUCAAUAUGUUUGGUGACUAAGAAUAGUUUUACUCCAUGUAGCAGAUUAGGUUUCUGGUGCUGCGGUAUCUUAAGCCUUGAGGUCUUAUGGACGCAGUAGAUAGCCACAUGAUUUUCCUUCCGCCUCUCUCAUUUCUGCCCCUUGGAAACAUGGUACUCCAUACAACAUUGUCAAAAGCUUACUUGAGGCGUGCUUAAGCCCUCAAGCUAGGUGAGUAACAGGGGUGCGCUUUGCCUUGCUAAAGCAGCACGUCACUGGAUAUCCAGUCUAUUUUGGUCAUAGGUACUUUUUUAUUUAAAAUUGUUACAGAACAUAGAUGCUAAAUUGAUAAUAGAAAGUUAACAUGUAAUAAUAUUCAGA